GGCGGCGCCGGCGGCGGCGCGGCAGGACGGGCUUCCCGCCGGGGUGACGUCCCUGAUGCUGCGCAACCUGCCCCGCGCGCUGACCCAGCGGCAGCUCCUCGACGAGGUCCACAGCUCCGGCUUCGCCGGCAAGUGCGACUUCUGCUACGUGCCUCGUGACUUCACCUCGGGCCAGAACAGGGGUCAGGCCUUCGUCAACUUCAGCUCGCCCGAGGUGGCCACGGAGUUCCGCCGGGCGUGGCGCGGGCGCACGGCCUGUGCGGGCCAAGGCUCAUGUCGUGUCGACCGGCGGCGACCCCGCCAGCGGCGCGCAACGUUGACCAGUUGAACGCCGCGGGCGACCCGG